ACUCUACGCUCAACUUUCCAGCCCACCUUGGAUAUUAGUCAGGAAGGGCCAGCCAAGAUUGGGGCCUACUUUUAAUAGAUUCCGCAGCAUCGGUUGGGUUUGAAGAAUUUUUGGAAGAAUCGUUGAAUUAGCAAUGAGCAAAAGCCGGGGCACGAACGCCGGUCCGACCCACGCCCCGGAACACCCAAAGGAAAUGAUGACCGGUCGUGGAAAAGGUAAUCGGAAUUUUCCAUCGCACAACUGCACCGUGAACCAUGAUGUGGACCUGCUGAAGCUGCUAAUAUCGGCCGACUCCAUCCCACACAGAAUCGGCCGUUGGUGGCGUCGGAUGUGUCUGAUCGAUCAUCACAGCCCGGUAACGAGAUUCGUUUUUCGCAGCGAUACGGCGAUAAAGCGCGAAAUGUCACGCCAGCUCACGUACUACCCGGGCACGAUACAUCCGCUGAGCUACUUCCGGUUCGUCUGGGAAUGUCUGAUGAUAGUGACGUUCGCGACCGCCUUUCUGCUGAUCCCAUACGAUGUAACGUUCCUGUUCCGGAUAGGCGAUUACUAUCCCUUUACCGUCUUUCACAUGGUGCUGUUGGGCACGGAUUUCAUCUGCCUACUUGAUGUGGUGAUUGCGAUGUACAGCGGGACAUACCUACGGCGAACUCAGCAGGUGGAUCUUGACCUGAGGGGCGUCCGGAAGCGAUAUCUGCGCAUGUGGUUCUGGAUCGACGUCAUCAGUUCGGCACCGGAUCCACUGAUAACGCGACUCGUACCUCCCACCACGCUCGACAACUCACUGUUUUACUGUCUGCACCGAAUGGACUAUCAUCCUGGUUGUCUGUGGGAUCUGUGGAGUUUGCUGUCGGUGAUAAAAAUCUUUCGCUUUCGGACACUGCUCCGGUACAUUCGGAGUCUCUGCGAGAGGUUCGGAUUGCGUCGGAAUGUUAUUAAGUUCAUCGCCAUCCUUUCCACGGUACUGACCGUGUUCCAUUGGAGCACGUGUCUGAUGUUUAUGGUGCUGCGACUCUCGCAAGGUACCGAUCCGGCACUGGUGGACGAGCGUUCCUGGUCACAGAAGAUACCGUUUUGGAAUCAAACUUCUUUCGUGCGCUACUUGGAAUGUAGUUACCGGACUCUGUACACCGUAACGCACAUCACCCAUGACUUUAACGAAUCCAUGACCUACGACGACAUGUUGAUGUCCCUUAUCUACACCAUCAGUGGCUACAUACUGAAGAUUUACCUAUUGGCCGAGUUGCUUAUUUUUAUACGCAUUCUGUUCUCCAGCACAAGCAAGUACCACGAAUAUCGGCACGAGCUGAGCAACUACAUGCGCCACGAACAAUUGCCAGCCGCACUGCAGAAGCAAGUGCUGGACUUCUAUGACUUUCGCCAUCCCAAGAUUUACAGCCGCUGGUCACUGAUACGGUCGGUCCUUGGGGAACAGCUUUUCGGAGAACUCCGGAUGGAAAUUCUUGGACCACUGAUUCGUGGCUGUCCCCUGCUUCGUGCCACCUUUACCGAUCAACAGCUGACGGCCCUGGCGCUCGGGAUGGACUUUCAGCUGUACAUGAAGAACGAUAUUAUUGCCCGAUGGGAUGGUACACCCGGUGCGAGCGUUGAACGGAACUGGAACAUGGUGUUCAUUGUCACGGGAACGGUCGCCAUCUUUACCAGCGGCUGGAAGGAAGUGUUGCAUCUGGAGAAUGGGGAACAUUUUGGUGAAUUCCAGCUGCUCUUUGAUGCGGACACGGUGAAAUUUCCCAACUUGGUCGCAGUGGAAAAUACCGAGCUGUACACUCUGUCCCGAGACUGGCUGGAACGAUUUCUGCAACCGUACCCAACGCUGCGCCGGAAUCUAAUCGACCUGGCAACGGAACAGCUACACGAGAUGGAACGGAUGCAGCGUGGCACUGCGCUGGAAAGGCUAGAAAAUGUCGAGACGGUACGAAUGCAGCGUAGCCGAUCACGUGAGACCGAGGUGUAGUGUGAGCGCAUGGAGCGGUGGAAAGUUUUCCUACCCAGAUAAAUAAAAAUCCUUGCCUUCGAGGUGCUUUCGGCCAGAGAGGACAAUCAAUCAUUUCCGGAACCCGGAACCGAGGUCGAGGUUUUUAUACAAUUUUGCCUCCCGCUAACAUUAUUUAUCCAUUUGAAUCGGUUCGACGCGGCAUUGUGCCUUCCAUAUUGUUUUUUUUUUUUGCAGUCCCUGCUUGCCUACCUUUUCCGAUUUAUUAAUAUUAAGUGGCAAUCCUGCUUGGUGGCCGCUUGUGCUCGUCAGCUGAAGCAGAAAAGCCUUUUAACGGGCGCGCGCGAAUCGUGCACGAAUUUAAUUAAACAUUUUACUUUGAACGGGCGCGCGCGUAUGAUGCCAAGUCCCAAGGUCCCCCACCCCCGGGAGACCAAUAAAUCAGUUAGCCAGGUUAAGAUGA